UGCUGCUGCCCCUGCAUGCUCCCCCAGGCUUCUUCCAACCCCACCUACCAUUCCCAGAUUGAUGAAAUUGAUGCUCUCUCAUCUAUAUAUGGUGAUGACUGGUGUGCUGUUGAUGAAGAUGAAAAGAUAUUUUGCAUUAAGAUUAGUGAUUGUUUGGAGCAACCAAAAUGGACUCUCUGUUUGCAGGUGAUUCUACCUUCUGAAUAUCCAGCUACUGCCCCACCUAUUUAUCAACUAAAUGCCCCUUGGCUUCGAGGACAAGAAUAUAUGGAACUAGCAAAUAGUCUGGAAGAAAUCUAUGUGAAGAAUCUUGGUGAAAGCAUACUUUAUCUCUGGGUGGAGAAGAUACGAGAAGUUCUGAUAGACAAAUCUCAAUCAUCUGAUCCAGAACCAGAUGUUAAGAAAAUUACAGAAGAGAUUGAUGAAGAUGAUUAUUCCCUGGAGUAUAAACCAGUUCAAGAAGAAGCAAUUAAAACACUGAAUUUUGUUAUAUCUGAAAGCCAAGAAGAUGAAGAACUUCCCCCAAUUAAUCACGGGAAUCCAAUCUCGGACCGAAGGAGUACUUUUCAGGCACAUCUGGCUCCUGUAGUGAGCCCCAAACAGGUGAAAAUGGUUCUUGCCAAGUUAUAUCAGAAUAAGAAAAUAGCAAGCGCUACCCACAACAUAUAUGCAUACAGAAUAUACUGUGAGGACAAACAGACGUACUUACAGGAUUGUGAAGAUGAUGGGGAGACAGCAGCAGGUAGACGCCUCCUUCAUCUUAUGCAGAUUUUGAAUGUGCGUAAUGUUUUAGUUGUGGUAUCCCGCUGGUAUGGAGGGAUCCUGCUGGGACCAGAUCGCUUUAAACACAUCAACAAUUGUGCCAGAAGUAUAUUGGUGGAAUACAAUUACAUAAAUUCAGCUGAAGAAUCAGCUAAGCAUUUGGGAAAGAACAAAAGAAUAAGGAAGGAAAAGAAGCAAGCUGAACAUUAAUUCAUUUAAAAAUCACUUACAAAAGUUUAGCUUACACAUUUAUAUAAAAUUAAACAUGAAGGAUACUCAGUUGCUGCAAAGACUCUCUGAAAUAUAUAUUUUUAUUCAGCAGAAAAUUCAAGAAGGGCAUAGAAACAUUUUCCUCUGUUCUAUGGUUGCCUCUGCUUUUCUGAAAUGGAGAGCUUAACAGUUUCAUACCUUUAAACUAGAUGCUGUGUCUACCCAGAACAAUUUUUUUUUGGUCAAUUGCACUUCAUCCAUGUUCUGUUUGAAUCAACUGUCCUCCAUACCAUCGGUUCAGUAAUCAAUUGCAUAUUUUGUACUGAGACUUGAGCAGGAUUCUUCACCAUCAGGAUGAAGACAUGGAAAAGUUUUAUAAUAUUGUCAUUUAAAACUUUCUGUACUUGAGAAGAAAAACAGUUCAUAUACUGCUAAAUUGCCUUUGAGAGGCUCUCUUGUGUAUCUAGUCCUUGAACAUAGUUUGAUGUCCACUUGAUUCAAGCGUGUCAAAAGGUGGCAAAGCAAUUGUUCAUUUUGUUUAAGUGUUAGGUUUUGAAACCUAUGUAGGAGAAAUGUCGUAACAUUGAAAGAGCCAAUGUUUUUGAAACGGGAAAUAGCAAUUUUGAAAUCACCAUGGAUUCCACCUAAUAAUAGAUAUUAAUAUUUUGAGUAUCUGUACUGGUGGCUAUAUUUUGUUAAUUGUAUACUCUUUAAUGGCAAUAAUUUUUCCUCUAUCAUAUAACAUCCAGAUUUCUCUCUAUUAUAUGACAAGUUUUGGCCUUGAUCCUGCAAAUGGAGUCAGUGGGAUUCUCUUAUGCAGCAGAUCUCAAACUUUUGGUUGGAACCCCAAAGUGGAUCAUGAUCCUGUUUUAGUGGGGUUGCCAGGGCUGGCACCAGUGUUCCCUUCACAGGUGAUUAAUCAACCCUGCCCAGUCAGAGGCUCAGGGCUCUGUGCACAGAACUGACUGACUGGGCAGGGCUGAUUAAUCACCUGUGAAGCUGUGCUGCGGCGCAGCUUAGAGGGAACAUUGGCUUGGUGGAGUCUUGUAGCAACUUUUAUUGUCAGAAAGGGGUCACAAUGAAAUGAAGUUUGAGAAUCCCUGCUCUUGCAUUAAGGACCUACCAUGUGGACCAGGAUCUUAGGGUUUUUUUCAGUGUCUCUCACUUGCAGGGAUGUACUCAGUCAUUUUCAUCUCUUAACCUUUAUGAUCUUUUAAUUGUUGGGGCUGAUAAUUUCUGUUGGGUUCUAACAAAGCCACACAGGCAUAAACAGUUCCAGUGGUAACACUAGAAACUGCUAGUAAUAAGUAAUGUCGAUGAGAGAUACUUUAAAAAAAAAGGCAUUUAUAUAUUAGCAAAGCCUUCGUGUAGAUGUAGCUGUACCAGCAAAAAAGUUCUUUGACUUUUUUGCUGAUAUAACAUGGAUCUACCCUUGAGUUGUUGGGAUAGUUUUACAUACCCACUUUUUGUAGGAUAGACAUGGGCUGAUUAAACUAGUUACUACAGAAUGUCACAGAGAAAUGGAGAAAUAUUAACAUGUUCAAUCACAGUAAAGUUACAGACAAGUCAUCUAGUGGCCUGAUUUUUGAAAGGAAUGGAAUAUCCAUAAAUCCCUUUGCAGCCAGUUAGUUAUAUUACAGAUGGAUUAAUUUAAAGUCAAAAUACUAUCCUUUAUUUCUGGUAAGCUAUUGACAAAAUUCCCAAUGUUCCAGUAUUUUCCUUAGGGGUAGUAAUGGUCCCAGUUAUUUUAGGUAAAAGCAGGUUGGGCUUCAGAUAUUUUACUACAGACAUUAUUGAUUCCAGACCCACAACGAUGACAAUAAUAUGUAUAUUUAAUUCAUUUCCAAAAUGCACAUUUUCUUAUGUUUUCCAAAGCAACUUGUGAUUUUGAGUUUCUAAGAUUUUUAGGUGCCCAUGUUGAGAUACCUUAAAGGGAUCUAAUUUUCAGAAAAUGCCGAGUCUUUGCCCUCUGAAAAGCAAGUCCCUCUCUGGAAUGUCAAGUCAGACACCUCAAAACUCAUAAUCCUUGGUCAUGACUAAAAAUUAAGGUCUAAGUGUCUCCUAAAAUAAACUAUAAAAACCAAUACUCAUGUUGAAGGAGAUGGGGAAGCAGACUGUCAAAGCUAAGAGACUUGAGAGCACUUAGGCAAGGUUGACUUGGAAGUCUCUAGUUUAGAACUGUUCAAAUAAUACUAAAAGUGAUUUGCUAAGCUGCUAUUCCUGUCGUCAUAUGAUUUGUUGUUUGACUACAUUGACAAAUGACAGUUUAUUUAUGAAGACAUUAGGGAACCCCCAAAGUUCCAUGAAUUUUAGACCAAAUAAUUAGCUGAAAAUUCAGAUGAGUAGUUUGACAUUUAUUUUCCUAUUACAAAAGUUUGUGAACCAAUCAGUGGGCACAACCAAAUCUAUUUAAUUCGUGUGGCAAACAGCAUCUUUAAGAACAAAUAGUCAAAAUGACAGUAUGUGUCUGUUUGUGUAAUCCACUGGCAUGAAUAAAUAAAUCUUGUGCUAAUA